AGUGCUAUGUGUUAAAGCUUUACUGAAAAGUGUUGUAUGUAUAGAGUUAUAAUUUAUAUUUAUGUUUAUUUAUUAUUUACAGAACCAAUAUGACGAGAUACGCUUCAGAACCAGAGAACCCCUCAAAAUCGGCAAAAGCCAAGGGUUCCUAUCUCAGGGUUCACUUCAAGAACACCAGAGAGACGGCUGCGGCUGUCAAGCAUAUGCAUGUCAAGCGUGCUACACGUUAUUUAAAAAAUGUUAUUGCCAAGAAGGAAGUUGUUCCCUUCACACAUUUUAAUGGAGCUGUAGGCAGAAAAGCACAGGCUAAGGCAUGGGGUGUCACACAAGGUCGUUGGCCAAAAAAGAGUGCAGAAUUUCUUCUGCAGCUAUUGAAAAAUGCUGAGAGCAAUGCUGAGUUCAAGGGACUUGACACAGAUCAUUUGGUGAUUGAACAUAUUAUGGUAAAUGCAGCUCCAAAAAUGAGGAGACGAACAUACAGAGCUCAUGGUAGAAUUAACCCAUACAUGAGCAGUCCAUGUCACAUUGAGUUGAUCCUGGCUGAACGUGAGGCGGCUGUACCUCGACCAGUGGGUGGUGAAGAUGAACCAGUCAAAAAGAAGGUCUCGCAAAAGAAAUUGAAAAGACAAAAGAUGAUGAUGAGAGAAUAAACCAUUCACUGACCUGUACAGUUAAUACAAAUAAAGAAAAAAAACUGAA